AAUCUUCAUUUCCGGGCCAGUGUUCCAUUCCCAAACACAAGCGCCAUGUUGACCCGAGUGUGGCGGUUCGGGCCCUGUUUUCCCCGGUUGCUCCGCCAAACGCCGAACCGAUGUGUGUCCCAGUCAAAGCCCAGCGGAGCGGGCUCGGCCGCGGUCACGGAGACCCAUGCGCCCGCGGCCAGCGCUUCGCACGGAGAGGUCAGCCCGUACGUGAAGAAUCCGGACUUCCAUGGCUUCUCAUCUGACCCUGUAGUGGAUGAGUGGAACAUGAGGAUUGGCUUCUUCUUGGGCAUCUCUGUUGCCCUGGUGAUUGGAGGAACUUUCAUCCACUAUUUACCAGACCAUGGAAUGCGGCAGUGGGCCCGGCGCGAGGCUGAGAGGGUCAUUCAACAGAGAGAGAGGGAUGGCCUCCCUUUGAUUGGAGAGAACUACUAUGACCCCAGCAAGAUCAUCCUGCCUGCCAAAGAACAAUGAUCUCAAUUUCACUGUAUUUAAUUUGUUGUAUUGUCCAUUUAAGUAAAAGAUUAAAUAUAUCA